CCUCCUCGGUGGCAGGUGGGCGGUCGGCCAAGAUGGCGGAGCUGAGCGGUGGCGGGCCCGGCUCGGCCGGUGGCGGCGGAGGCGGCGGCGACAGCGGAGAAGGCGGGGGCAGCGGCCCCGAGUCGGGCCCGGGGGGGCUCCUCAUCCGCGUGACGGUGAAGACCCCGAAAGACAAGGAGGAGAUCCUCACCGGCGAGCGCGUCUCCGUCAAGGAGGUCAGCCGGGGGCGGGGAAGCUCUCGCCGGGACCCCUCAGCCUCUGCGGGCGGAGGUCAGGGAAUCUGCGGGAGGCGGCGGGGAGUGUCGUUGUCUGCCCCGCCUCCUUCCCCUUUUCGUUACUGUCCGGCGGCGGCGAGGAACAAAGGGGCGAGGCGGGCUCUGAGGCGCUGGAAGGAUUGGGGGGAGGGCACCCCCCACCUCUCAGCCCGCGCGGCACGGAGUCACGUGGUGGAGCGCCCACCCACCCCUCCCGGAGCUGAAGUGAGGGGUGGGCUGUUUUGGGGGAGGGUCCGCGGUCGCCCCCGCAACAGAAAAGGCGCCGAUGGGUGGGAUUUGGGGAAGGAGCCGCUUGGGGCUGCCUGCAUACAAGGAUGCUUCGCGCGCGGAACAGCAUCCUCAGCUGCACCAUCUACAGGGCAGGAGGGUCGCAGGGAAGCUUAGCGCGAGGAGUGGGUUCGGGACGCCCCCUGGCCUCGCCGGGCAAAGGAAGCCAGAGACUCCCGUUUCCUCCCCGCUUCCUCCGCCAAGACAUGCCGGGCUCAGGACAAGGCGGUGGAAUGGGUUCCUGAAGAGAAGCAGGUGGAAGAGGAGCAGAGAUAAAACAUAAGCACCCAGGUUUUGGGUGGUGGUGAAUGGGGUCGAUCAGAGUGAAAGGAAAUGAGGGUGGGUUGGGCAAGGCAAAGUGUUUGGGCAAGGAAGCAAGCGGACUUUUCUUUCCUGCAACAUAGAGGGAGAAAUAGUGAUGAAGCAGAUCAGGCUUGAGGAGUUGUCUGAGAGGGGAGAGAAUGGGGAAAGGAAGAAUGGGUAAAGCCUGGAGAAGAGAAUGUGAACAAUCUGGAGUGGUUGAGGUGGGAUAAUGAGGGGAGAAAGAGAAGAAAUGAAGAUGAGAGUGCCACCUUGUGGGGAAGAUAGACAACAGCUGAGUGGAUCCAGGAGUUUGUUGCAGAUCUCUCUGGGGUGUAUGAUGCAUUGAAAGAGGGGGAAAUUUUGAAUGAGUUGAAGCCUUCUCUGGGGCUUGGAGGGGCGGUGGCAGAGAGUAAUAAAAACAUUCUGGUGCCCUCCGAAUGUUUUGUACUGCAGACAUCUGCAGGAUACCUGGUUGGACAAUGCUGAUUUAUGUAAUAACUUCGCUGAAUGUUUGAAGCUUUUCACAUAAUCCUGAUGGGAAGGGCAGUAUUAGUUUCCCCAUAUUGCAGGGUGGGAGGGGGGCUAAGAGACCGAGUAACUAGAGGAGCUUUAUGUGUUCAUAGCGGGGGUGAGACUUGACCUGUGGAGCUCCUGCAUCACAGGAAUCUGCCUGGAUGUAGGUGGAGGUCAGGUUAGGAUGAAAAGGGAAAGGGCGGAGAAAGCAGACAGAGUGCUGUGUGGAUGAAGAAACAGUGUUUGGUAAGGUGAAGCCAGGAGGCAGGAAGACUAAAUAGACCAGCAGGGGAUAAGGGUUGCUACCGCUUUGCCUUCUUGACCACAGCAAGAAUGUCUGUGGAAAGCCUAACCUUCUAAAAUGUCUUUUUUCCAGUUUAAAGAAGAGAUUUCCCGCCGGUUUAAAGCCAAACAGGAUCAGCUGGUUCUGAUCUUUGCCGGGAAGAUUCUGAAAGACGGGGAUACCUUGAAUCAGCACGGGAUCAAAGAUGGACUGACGGUGCAUCUGGUGAUCAAAACUCCACAGAAGUAAGAGCUUCCCUCUGAAAAGCAGGCCCAUUCAGUCAGCUUUAGUUUAUAUUGCAGAUAUGCCACUUAGUAAGUGACAGCUUCCCCACACCCCUCAAAAGACUGGUUCAAAUCCUUCUGAAUAAAUAGCUCCUCUUUGCCUCUUUGUUUAUAUACAAACUGAAAUAUGCAAAACACAGAUAAAACACCAUAUUGAAUUCAUAGUAAAAGAGAACAACGUAGUGUGGCUUUAGUAGAUGACAAGCAGAUUUAAAUAACAAACAUAAAUAUCCAGGGGAAAACAUGGAAUGCUAUGGUGGUGUCAGCCAGAAGUACUUUCAAAAGUAAAUUACAUGUUCUCCUAUUUCAGGACCUAUGUAUCCUGCUGUCUCCCUUGUGAAGCUGCCCACUGAAUAAGAUCUUCAUUCCUCUGGAUGCCCCUGCAUUUGGUGGUUAGCUGGGUGGCUACUGGAGUGUGUGUGUAGUAGUAGUAGUUCAUAGUAGUUAAGAGCCCUUUUAUUGGCCUUUGUUGUUUUAUCUGUGGGUUCUUCUGUUUUUACCUUACUGAUGGCUUUUUUUAAGGAUGAGAAAGAAGAGUAGCCACCCCCACCUGCCAUAGACCUAACUGUGUGUGGCUUGGGCUUCCCCAUUGCAAAAUUCAGGGUUCUAAGAGUUGCUGAGCACACUCACUAAAUUACUCUAAUGUACUUUGUAGGGAGAUAGUAGCUUCCUUUUAAAUUCAAGGAGAGCUAUAUGUUCACAUAACAGUUGUGUCGUCACCUGUCACUUUCCUUUAUUUGCAGGACUCAAGACCCUUCAGUGGCGCCUGCUGCUUCCCCUCCUCCUGCUGCUGCUACUGCUACUUCUGUUGCUGCUGCUACUCCCUCGGCAGCCCCUGCUUCCCCUGCAGCCCCACCUCAGCCUUCAACAUCCAGCAACACGCUCUCUGAUGUAGGGAGCAGCAGCCGGAGGAGCAGCGGAUUGGGAGCCACGCCAGGCCCGGCAGCAGAUGGGACCCCUGGCGGAGCCACCUCCAUCUUGUGUGAGCGUUGCUGAGUUUCUUCUGCUCGGGUUAGCCUUUGGCUUUCCUGUCUUCUUGGGCACCAGUGGGACAUUUUGGGUCUUUGCUCCCACUCCAGCAGGCGUGAGAGCAGAGUUCCAGGGUCUGAGGAUCUCAAGGCAGGCAGUUCUGCUUUAUUGAUUUGUUAACAAAACAAACAAAAGUGCAAACAUGACAGAAAGAAAACUGAAGAAUAAAAAAAUGGGGUGGCUUGUGUGCUCCAGAUGGAUUAGUGGGUUUAUAAGUGGACUCCUGAGUUUUAAAAGCUUAAGAGAAAUACUGAAGGGAAAACCUUCUUAAUCACAUGAUGCGUGUGAAAAUUGGCCACUUGCAGGAGCCCCAGCUUUGUCUAUUCACACUUGUAUCCAGGGGUCAGCAAACUUUUUCAGUAGGGGGCUGGUUCACUGUCCCUCAGUCUUUGUAGGGGGCUGGACUAUAUUUUCCAGGGGGAAAUGAACGAAUUCCUAUGCCCCACAAAUAACCCAGAGAUGCAUUUUAAAUAAAAGGACACAUUCUACUCAUGUAAAAACACGCUGAUUCCCAGACCGUCCACGGCCCAGAUUUAGAAGGCGAUUGGGCCGGAUCCAGCCCCCGGGCCUUAGUUUGCCUACCCAUGCUCUUAUCCUUAUGGGUCUUUUGAGCCUGCCUCUAAGGGUUGUUGAGCUGCUGGGUCUGAUGCACAGCAAGAUCCCAGAGAGCAAGAGCUGUGGUUGUUAUAUCUCAUCCUGCCUUUUCAGUAAGCUCUGUGCAUGAGUGUAGCCAGGAUUUUUGUUGGCUUUUAUUGGGGGGGGAGGGAGAACCUCUGAUUUUGAUUGAUUUGGGGGGGCAGCUGCCCCUCCUGCCCCCCUUGGCUACACCAAUGGCUCUGUGUUGGUAGUAGAAGGAGCAAGAGGGAGAUGGGCCUUAGGUUUUAGCCAUUCAGCCCCAGGCAGACCUUUCUCAUUCAUGCUUCCUUUCUUUCUGACUUCUCUCAGCUGGCUUUGGCGGCAUUGCUGGACUCGGUCACCUGGGGAUGGGCUCUGCAAACUUCAUGGAGCUUCAGCAGCAGAUGCAGCGGCAGCUGAUGUCCAACCCAGAGAUGCUCUCCCAGAUCAUGGAGAACCCCCUGGUCCAGAACAUGAUGUCCAACCCAGACUUCAUGCGGCAGAUGAUCAUGGCCAACCCCCAGAUGCAACAGCUGAUGGAGCGCAACCCAGAGAUUAGCCACAUGCUGAACAACCCUGAGCUUAUGCGCCAGGUGGGCUGUUGUUUCCCUGCUUGUGGCUUGAGGCAGUCUUUGAACUUUGUUUUAGGCAUCGCACCAAACCAUGGUUUGCACUAACCAUAGUUCAGAGCCCAAACCAUUAUUGUCUCCUUUUGUCAUAUUUCUGCUCAUGGUUUUCUGUUUGCCCUUCUCUUCUCAGACCAUGGAGUUGGCACGUAACCCUGCCAUGAUGCAAGAGAUGAUGCGCAACCAGGACCGAGCCCUGAGCAAUUUGGAGAGCAUCCCUGGAGGGUACAAUGCCCUGCGGCGGAUGUACACAGAUAUUCAGGAGCCCAUGUUCAGUGCUGCCAGGGAACAGGUAGGCUAGGUCUGACUGUCCUAUCUAAGCAGAACAAAACACUCAUUUAAUUAAGAUUUCACAAGAUUCACCAAGUUUAUUGCAAAUUCCUCAGACAAGUUGAUAAAUGUCUGUGACUGGUUACCUCCCUAGCCUUCAUGAGCACAGCAGUACUUUGAUGUUCUGCGGUUUUGAUAUGAAUCCUGCCAAAUUCUUUAAGAGUUUUAUUAGGUAAUUCACUCUGGGAUUUUUGUACAAAGAUCAGUGUAGGAGGUGAAUAGCAAAAACUGUUUGUGCUUUUCAAAGAUUAGUAUGCAAAUCAAGUCCUCAAAAUUAAGUUAGUCACAUCCAUAAACUUCAAUGAGUCUGCUUUGAGUAGGACUAGGAUAAGAUACAGCCCUGUGGUUACAAGUGUGCAAGCAUCCAAGUUUUAGUGAUGGUUGUUUUCAUUUUCUCUCUUUGUUUCUGUGGUGACAGGGCAAAAGCUAUAGUUUGUCACUUCCAAAGAUCACAUCAAGCUGUUGCUGGUCUGCAAACCAGAGUUUGUUUAAACCAUGUUGUUUGACGGGUUUAACCAUGGUCUGUCAGUUCAGAUGUCACACCAAAUCAUAGGUAUGCUCCUUAAGUGGGGUUUGUGUGCUGUCUGAAUAGAGUCAGAGACUCAGGGCUGCUUACAGUAAAUAACGUAGCAGAUGGUAAACACCUAUUUGGUGAAACCUGCAGUUUAAAUCAAAGCUCUGUUUUGUAAUCCCAGCACACCUUCAUUUCAUUUUCUUGCUAAUCCCAAGAAGCAGAAUUCGUCUGAGAGUUUGCAGAGUCACUCAUUGAGCUAAAUCUUCUCUGUCUAGUUUGGCAAUAAUCCCUUCUCUGCCUUGGCCGGGAGUUCCGACACCUCAAACUCACAGCCCCUGCGGACGGAAAACCGAGAACCGCUGCCCAACCCUUGGAGCCCCACGCCUGCCUCUCAAGGCCAGGCGCCAAGCGGCGAAGGGAGCACCGGCUCGGUGACAAGCCAAAGCACACCCACCGUCUCCAACCCUUUGGGGAUCAACGCAACCAACCUAGGAUCUGGUACGUACAUAGCUAGCGUGGAGUCCGAGGGGCAGUAGGUGAUCCUGGCAGCUGCGCGUUUGCACUCAGAGCUGGCCUUUCUAGAUUACAGAACUGCUCUUCAUUUCGAAGUGUGGUAGUUCUGUGGUUGCUUAACCUGAAGAUUUUUGACUGUUCCGGAGAGAUGAGAAUCGGUUGACAUUUCCACUCUGCCACGGGGACAGUUUAAGAACCGGGAUUAUUGCUCAAUUGAAUGGAAAAACCCUCUUACUUUAGUGUGAGGCUCUCAUGGGUGACAAGGAAAAAACAUUGUCACCCCCAACCUCAAAAUCUGGUUGCUGAGCCAGUGAGAGCCAAUUUGGCAUAGUGGUUGGAGUGUUGGACUAGGACCUGAGAGAUCAGGGUUCAAAUCCCCACUUGGCUAUGGGGAGUCAGUGCUGCUCAACCUAACCUACCUCACAAGGCUGUUGUGGGGAUGAAAUGAGGAGGAGAACCAUGUACGCCACAUUGAGCGCCUUGGAGACAAAGGUGGGAUAAAGAAACAGUAAGUAAAUAAGUCUUGUUACUGUUUUCUACCAGCUAAUGCAAUGGCAUACUGGUAUUAAGUAAUUGACAUAGGUUAAGUCAAUUCUGUUUAACUCUUUAACAUACUUAACCUGUUAUUGAUGUAUUCUGAGCUUGUGGUGGUCCUUUUUUCUGGAAGGAUCCAAUAGGUGGCUCAACAGGGAGGGGAAAAUCAGGUUUUGUUAAUCACGUUCUGUGUAUUUCAUGCAUGUGCAUUAAGUGAAAAAAUGUACAUUGAUUUGGCCCAUCAUUCCCACAAAACAACUGUUUAUCUCUGUCAUGACACUUUUUGAAUUAGGAAAGGCUUCGUGGGGGUUUUAGUGGUUUGUAUCUGUUGGGGAAAGAGCAGGGAUCUCAUUACGUAUAUUGUUCAUUGCUACAGUAAAAAAAAGAUACCUUUUUGAAAUUAAACUUUUUAAAAAGACAUCCAUGUGACUGCAGUAAAAAACCAAAAGCCAACAGAAUUCUGCCAAAGGGUUAAAAUCAGAAAGGGGGUUGGCUAGGCUUCCAGUGACCUUUUAAUUCAAUGAACUUAACCCAAUUUUGGGACUUUGUUUUGAGAUCCCUGGUUUUGUUUCUGGAGUGUGAUCAGGAAGCAGCUUCAGGCAUCUUGCCCCAUCUAGGUUGGCAGAGCUACAUGUUUGUUGGCUGUUAAAUUUUCAACUCUCUCCCCUUUGUUACAGGAAUGUUCAGCAGCCCUGAGAUGCAAGGUCUUCUGCAGCAGAUCUCAGAGAAUCCCCAGCUCAUGCAGAACGUGAUCUCUGCCCCUUACAUGCGUACAAUGUUGCAGACGCUAGGCCAGUACCCUGACAUUGCAGCACAAGUGAGUACAGCCCAAUCUGCAUUCAUGGGGCCCAGUACGUGAAGGAGGGGGGGUCUGUUAGCCAGGAAGCCUCCUUUUGGUGUGAUGUUUAGCAGUGCAGCGCUCUUACCUUAGCAAAAGCGAUUUCAUAUCUGUAACUGACAAAUCUGCAGCAGAAUCUCAUGACUCCUGCACUUUCACGUUUGCUUUUUACAAGUCAAGUUGCAGUGUGUGCUGUUUGCAGAAUGGGUCCCUUGAUGUGAAUUGAUUACUAGAUGUGGAAUUAAAAACUACCAGAAGAAGAGCCCUGCUGCUGGAUCAGUCCAGUGGCCCGCAUCCUGGCCCUCAAAGUGGCCAACUAGAUGCCUGUGGGAAAGCAGCAGGCAGGACCUGAGCACAGGAGCCCUCUCCCCUCCUUCGGUUUCCAGCAACUGGUAUCCAGAAGCAUUGCUGCCUCCACCUGUGGAUCAGUAGCCUCCUAUGAAUUUGUCUGAUCCUCCUUUCAAGCCAUGUAAAUUGGUGGCAAUCGCUGCCUCUUGGGGGAACGAGUUCCAUAGAUUAACUACGUGCUGCAUGAAGAAAGACUUUCUGUCAUCUGUCCUGAAUCUUCCAAAAAGGGAGCAGGAAUAGACUGAAAAGGUCCUAUAUCUGUGUGCUUUUGGUGGCAUCAAAUAUGCGGCUGUUGCCUAGCUGCAUGGGACAUGCGCUAGGAAUAGCAACUUCCGCCUUCCUGAGCUGCCUUUGCUCUUCCGUUUCUUUGCAGAUGAUGGUGAAUGUUCCCCUCUUCGCCGGCAACCCCCCGCUUCAGGAGCACCUGCGACUCCAGCUACCUGCCUUUCUACAGCAGGUGCGGCAUAAACAGUGUUGUCCUUGAUUUCGGUAUUAAUAGUUUACUCAGGGCUGGACUUCAAAGAAGCUUUGUGUAGAGGCUGAGAAACAAAAAUCCAUAAUGGACUGACCAGGCCCUUUUAGUGAUCAUGUCACAAUAAUAAUUUUCAGGUCUGCAGUCUCCCUGCUGUGGGGAUUUGGGGAGUCCUUGUUCAAAGUAUUUAUUUGCGGCAGCCCUAUGAAGCUGCAGAGAUAUUUGGCCUGCUCUAUCAGUAUUGUCUAAUCUGCCUGGGACUGGCUCACCAUUGUUUUGGGCUGAGAAAGGUCUUUCUCAUUACCUGCUGAUGGAUCAUAAUAUUUUUUUUUUCUUCUAGGCACCCCUUUGGCCAGUUGGAUGUUGGGGUUUGGAUGGAAUGCUAAACUCAGUAUUACGUUCAUCCGCAUUGGGCUGGUGUGGUCCCCACUCCGACUCUUGACACAGCCACGUGUGUUAGAUAUUGGAAGUUUUUGCUUCAGUUUUCAACAUGCCAUACUUAAGGCUAACCACAGUUCAGUUGGGCUCAAGUAUAAAAAGAAACUGUGGUUAGUUGAAAAACAAAGCAAAACUUGUUUGAAGGCAGCCUUUCCAUUCCUGACUUUUUGUCUGGUUCCCUUUCUAUUAUUUAGUUUACAUUCUCUGUUAGAGUUUGUUGUUGCUGCCAUUUUAUCUGUAGAUUUAUUGAUUUGUGGUGGUUGUUUUUUUAAAUUUUUUUGAUCCUAUCUUGAGCCACCUUGGGUGCCUCAUAUUGAUAAUGAUAAUAAUAAUAAUAAUCUGUUGUUAAUUUGAGAUGCCAGAGAUUGAAUCUGGGACCUUUUGUAUUCAAAUCGUGUGCUCUACCACUGUGUUUGGGUCUGCAAUAACUACAGUUGACAGACACAGGGAGUGGCAUGCCUUGGUGGCAGUUGGUGGCAGUUGAACUGAUAUUAAAAUCCAGUGUAUCCAGUGACUGGACAAAAAAUGAAAAAGGAGGUUUCCCAGUGCCAAUGAAAACCCCCCAAAGGUUGAAUAUCACCAGAUGGCAAAAAACGCAAUUGAGUAUUUGAAUAAAAUGCAGGAUGGAAACCAUCGUAUUUUAAUAAAAUAGUCAUAUUUUAGGUAUAGGAUUGUUUAGAAUAGCUAUGAGACGGAAUCGCUAAGCUCUCAUCUGAAAGCUCAGUUAACAUUAAAAAACUGCUUGUUUUGAAUUUUACCAAGAGCUACGUUAUAAGUGAACAAUGGUAAUCUAUAGGACAGCUGAUCUUUUUCAGGCUGAGGGCUGCAUUUGACCCAUGGUGGAGGGGGCAUAAAAACCUUGGCAUAAUCAAAUCACAGCGGUAGCCAUUAGUAAAACUGUUAAAGUAAUAAUAACAAGACAAAUUGUGUGGGGAGGUGUGGAAGGAGGCCAGAUUUGGGCUGUGGGUUAAGCACCCCCGCUAGAGAAACACGGUGAUGGCCGUUCAGUGACAAUCUAGCAGUUUCACGGUACUGGCAGUAGUGCCAAACCCUUCCUGCAGCCAAUACAGUACCGUCAAAUUUUACACGGGUAAACUGCAUCUACUCAAACCCUUGGAACGUCCCCCACACAAGCACCCCUCACCUUCAGGAGUCAGUGAGCUGAGUGGGCCUUGAGCUGUAAGCAAAAGCAUAGAACUUUUGAGCUCUCUGCUUUGCUUACUGAGCAAGGCCUGCUCAGCACGCCGGCUCUGGGAUGCAAGAUAGCACAGGCCUAUCAGAGAUCUCAUGCGACCAUUUCCAGGCUUUCAGAGCUGGUGUGCCAAGAGGACCUUCUUGCCUGGUGUACAAGGCAGAGAGCUUUUUCACACCGGAAAAAACUGGUGUGCAUUUCAUUUGUGCAGUUUCAACCAGCUGGCCUUCAACCAUGCAAGGUUGGAAUUGCACUAGUUAAAUGCGUUGAAGAUGUGAUUGAAUUGUAUCCCAAAUCUUAAGCUUUCUUUAUGACUAAAGGACCAGAGUAGAAGACAUCCAAGAGAAGCAAUCCACAGUUUCCUUGAAACUGGUGGCUCACUUGUGAUUUUUGUCGCCCCCACCCCCAGAUGCAGAACCCUGAUUCUCUCUCGAUCUUGACCAACCCUCGUGCCAUGCAGGCCCUGCUGCAGAUCCAGCAGGGGCUCCAAACGCUGCAAACGGAGGCCCCGGGACUGGUUUCCAGGUAAUGUAGGAGCUGACUCAGGCCUUGGGGGCACUACUGCAGGGUUCAGCCUCUGAAGAAGGGCAGCAAAGCAGCAGGAGGUUCUUGCUCCUCCCUCUUUCAACUACUGAGGAUCAACAUAGAAGUCCUUCCUGUAGGCUUCCUGGGAACAACACGAUGCAUAAUGUUUGUGUCAACAAUAUAUGUGGCAAGCCUGUUCCUAGAAAUUCUGUGUGUGAUGUAAUACGGUGGGGUAAAGACAAUACUGUUUCUGGCUUUUUGUUACGUUACUUAUUAAGACUUUCUAUACUGCUUUUCAUGUUAACAUCACAAGGCUGUGUAGAAAAGGGGAAAUUGCAUUUAAGCCUAGCUUAUGGAAUGCAAAAGUAACCAGGGUUAAGUCAAAUCUGGCAUUGUAAUAACUCAAUUGCUAUCAGUGUCCAGCAAAAGCCUGAGAGAAUCAAUCGAUUUUUUCUUUUUAAGCAGAGACUGAAAUGCAACCAGUGUUGCAAACUGGAAACAGCAAUUCCUGCUUUUGUAGAUUUCCAAGGUUUCAGUUCUUUUUUUGAGUAGACUCCAGAAAUUAAUAGGCCCAGAUUAGUCACAUCAGUUAACAUUAAUGGGUCAACUCUUGAACACUGGCUACAACCAAGAAUCUGUGGCAGACUUAACCAUAUCUCUCCUGUUCCAGUAGCUGCAGCACUCUCUGUGAUUUUUAUUGUGGCCAACCUCUGCACAAGGCUUGCUUCAGGUCCCUAAAGUCGGCCUCCUUCCCUCAGGGAUUUGCUGCCUUGCGCUAAGUAGCUUCUCCCUGUCUCAUCUUGCAGCCUUGGGACUUUUGGAGCCCCUCGCGUCCCUCCACCCUCUGCCGGAGGAAGCACAAUCCCCGAGACCCCCAUCUCCUCCGCUUCAACACCUGCUAGUGCCUCUCCAGCUGGGGACAGCAACCCCCACCAGCAGCUCAUGCAGCACAUGAUCCAGCUACUGGCCGGUGCAAAUUCUCAAGUAGGUAGUGGUGCAUUUCUGUCCUGAGUCUUCGUCCUUUCUUCCAUUGACCCCUUUUGGUUGGGGUGCAGUGCAGUCUCAGGCAGACAUGACUCUGAUGUUUCAUCGCAGAGCCCAGCACUUUCUAUUCCUGUCUGGCACAGCCUCUCUCAACUCUGCUACUGGGUGUAUAAAAAACAAAGUGCCAUCUCAAGGGCCGUGGUCCCAAGCUGUAUAGGGACUUGUAUGUUAGUACCAGCACCUUGAACUUAGCCUGGUAGCAAAUGGGGCAAAUGGGCAGCCAGGGCAAAGCCUACAAGUGAAGUGUUAUUUGCUGGUGUUAGUUUGUCCGCACAUGCAACCGAGUUGCUGAGUUUACACCAGCUGCAGCCUCUGGAUAAACCCCAAGGGUAGCCCCUCCAUAGAGCAUGUUGCAGUAAUCCAACCAUGAGGUUACCAAUGCAUGGACAACUGGUCAAGCUAUCGCAAUCCAGGAAUGGCCAUACUGUCUUAGUUGCAGGAGAGAGUAUCCCGCAGACUACAGUGAUCUUCUGGGUGUGAAAGGGCUGCUGGAAGCCAUGGGUGCAUGAGGACAGGGGUUGCAGUUGAGGGGUUUGAGUAGGCCGCUUGGUCUGUGCCAUACUAGCUGCCUUGAGCCGUGCUUGCUGUACAGUUCACCUCCUCUCUCCCCCCCCCAUGGCAGGCGCAGAGUCCAGAGGUCCGGUUCCAGCAGCAGCUUGAGCAGCUCAAUGCAAUGGGCUUCAUCAACCGUGAGGCAAACCUUCAGGCGCUCAUUGCCACUGGGGGAGACAUCAACGCUGCCAUCGAGAGACUCUUGGGCUCCCAGCCUUCCUAACAUCGUAGGCCCCUCCAAUCUGCGACAUGAUAUCAAAACACAGACCUCUCGAGGAUUGUCAUUGUCAGGCCCUCCGACAGCUGUCCAUGAAUUUAAAAACUGGAACAACAACUCCCCCCCCCCUUCAGUUCAUUGCAUCCCGUUCUAUGUUUUCCUCUGAAAUGCUUCAAAAACUGCCUUGUGCAUGGAUGAUUCCAGUUCUUGAAAAACGGCCAUUUUGAGACAUGUUUCUCCCCUGCCUCCCUCUCCACCCACACCCUGUUGCCCCCAAAAUGAGGCUCCUACUCUAACUGGUCGAAGUGUAACUUCUAGAUAACCCAAAUAAUUGUGUUGGAUUAGCUCACUUUUAAAAUCAUAUAAAAGCUGUAUUUCUUUUCUCCCCCGCCCACCUGCCUUCCGACCAAAAGUGAAAUAUGAAGGGACUAUCUGCUCACACCAACUCAAAAGACUUUUUCUCAUCAAUAGUGAUGAGAAAGGCACACGAUUUGGAAAUGCCAGUAGGCAGGAAAAAAGGAGUGGUCCUUUUGCACAGUGACUCCAGCGCCUCAAACCUGGAUGGACUUGAGCAUCACGCUGCCUUCCUGCUUUUAUCUUUAGUGGUUAUGGGAUGUCAAGAUGUGGAGUUGGAGUGGGCGGCUGAGAUUACCUGAGAGCAUUUGCCAUUGGAAAGAGGUGCUGAGCUGUCCUGCUCAUAAGGUGUGGUGGCUCUUGGGUUGGAAUAAUGUUUUGUUAUCAGCCUCCCUCCUUUGGAAUGUAAGCUGCCUCCUUGAUGCAUCCAAAAAUAUGACCUGCUAUUUUUCUCCACCCUCCUCUCCCUGGCCACAACUCCCAAUACUUGCCAUUGGUCCUCCAGUCAAAGGUGCUUUGAUGCAGCAGACUUUGGUGGAGUGGUCUGUGUGUUGCAUGCUUUUCGAAAGAACAGGGCAAAGAAGGGAGGUUGGGGAAUCCUUCACAUCUGUGGGAUGCUAUUGAUAGUUCUCCCCCCCCUUUUUAUUCCCUUUCUUCCCACCCCCCACCCCGGUUUUAGUUCAGAGUGUUUAAAAAUCUGAUUGCUAAAGAGGCUCUUGAGGGCAGUGUAAUCUGCAACAGAAAUUACAAGUUUUUAUCCAGGAAUAAAAUGCACAAAGCAUCUGUCUUUUCUCCCCA